AUGCCGCGUGCGCUUGGUGGGAAGGGGAGGGGGAGGAUCGGGGCUCCGACGAGGCCCAUCGCGGCGAUCCCCGUCGCCGACGGCGGCAACCGGCGGAUGGCGUUCGAGGUGCGCAAGGCGGGGCUGAUGAGGAAGGCGAAGGAGCUCGCGGAGAUGGCCGACGCGCCCGUCGCGGUGCUCUGCUCGGGCCUCGACGGCCAGGGCGCCCUGCAGUGCUGGCCGUCGACGGAGACGGCGAGGGCGGUGGUGGGCCGGUUCCUCGCGCUCCCGAAGGAGGCCCGGAUCGUGUUCGAUCACGCCAACUACGUCGCGGGCGUGCGCGACGUGCAGGGGUCCAGGCUGGCCAGGGUGCGGACGGGCGGCCUCGCCGCCGCGCUCGCGCCGUGGGAGAGCCCGCUCGACGGGAUGCCGGAGGACGCGCUCCGGGAGCUGCUAGGUUCCGUCGGCAAGUCCCUCGAUGCCACACGGAGCAGGAUCCGGAGGCUGCAGACCCGGCGUCGCGAGAGCGUGGCGGAGAACUUCGUGGUGGCGGGGGAGGGCCACGCGAGCGGCGAGGUGCUGGGGACGCGGAGGCAGCCACGGGACGCCGCCACGGCCCCCGGUGCUGCGCGGAAGAAGCAGCUGGUGGAGAAGCCCGCCGCCACCGACGGCGCUGCGCGGAUGAAGCAGCCGCUGGAGGGUCCCAAGGAGAAGCCCGUGCGCGCCGCCCCGUUCGACCCCGGGAUGAUCGAGUACUACAUCAACGUGGGCGGGUACGUGAUGGAGCGCGACGCCUACGACUUCAUCCGGUACGACCUCGGGAUGCUCCCGCCCAGCCUCGAGCCCGAGCCGCCGGAGCCGGACUACGACGAGCCGCUGCGUCUGUGGUCGUGGGACGACUCCUCCUUCCCGCAGAGCGCGCCGCCGCCCAAGUGA